AUGGUCCUCUCAAUCCUCAUCGCCACAAUCGUAGCCCCCGGUCUCCUCGGCUCCCAAGAAGCGAUCCGGCAAUCGCAAUCCAAAGAGAAGCGCGAAGAACACCGUGCCCGCCGCUGCAACCUCAUCGCCACGUGCGUCAAGUCUUCACAUCGCAGCCGCGAAAUCGACGGCCGGCAAGUCGUACUGAGAAAUGGCAAGCUCUGGAUCGAUACUGGGACGGAAGAUGGGAGCCCAUUAGGUCAUGCUUAUGCUGGGUAUUACCUUCCUUACCCGGACACGAGUUACGAAGGGCUUGUCACGACGAUUACGGAUGUGGCGCCAAUUAUGAAUUGGGUGUAUGUUGAUAGAGACACGGGAGAAGCGAAAUACGGAGUGAGAGCUGAUGCACAACCGCAUCUCACAGGCCCAUUCGAUUGCACGCGUCAAGACCGACGGCUCACAUUCGAUGGCUGGGAAGGGUGGUGUGCGGUUGAACAAGCACCCGGGCUAUGGGGCUUGUACUUUGAUCUCGAUGACGACGGCCUCAAAUCUAGGGUUGCACCUGGUACAAGGGUACUGGAGAUCGAACUCAGUCGUAAGGAGAAGAGGUGGAAGAAAGAGGCGGACGAGAGGAUGGCGGAUCAGACUACUAAGAGGGCUGUUGAGAGGGAGGAGGAUGCACCGGUUGAGAAGCCGUUAGGUGGGGAGAAGGUGGAGGUGAGGCCGGGGGUUGGUGCUGGAGUAGGAGAGGGGAAGGAAGAGGAUUGGAGGCCGAUGAAGAUACCGAAGUCUAUCUUUGAGGAUCCGCCGCCCGUGGUGGAGAGUCUGGUCUUUAGAUCAAGGACACCGCCGCCGGCGUAUGAGUCUGUUGGAAGGGGUGAAGAGAAGACCUCGGGGACAGCGAUGGGACAAGAGGAAGCGCCUGGUGAGGUAUCCAGCAUGGGUCAAAGUACUAACCCAACGCCUCCUGUUGUAACAGAACCCUGGCCAGCUGAAGCUCAGUCAACGUUCGGUGAAGAGACAAAAAGUCCAUCAAACGAGGCAAACGUCGCACAAGCUCAAUCACCACCGAUACGGGUUGAUGAGAUCCAAGGCACCACCCCUGAGAAGGUAGACUCCACGUCGUCACAUGAAGAGCAAUCCUCGUCUUCCAGCGAGAGACGAACCACACCCAAGCUGAACAGAAGCAGCGGCUCUCGAGCUCUAGCCCAGGCGCAGAAGUUCGAAGCCAUGGCAGCAGCGCAAAAGACUAGUCCUGAGGCUAGACGCCGAUCAAGUGAACGCGGAUCGAGUGCCAACAGUAACACGUCUUCUGUAUACUCCAAUGAAGAUGCGUCACUGAGCGUGCCUGGAGUCAGUACACAGCCCCAAGCUUCACCAACACCGGCCCCUCUAGCACUCGCCGUCUCCAAAGCGAAACAAGCAAAAGCACUGGCGACGCGGUCGCAGCCAUCAGCAGCAACAAUGUCUGUAUCCGAUCCCUCAAUCUACAUCAAAUGUCAGACCGGUAAUAUCUCUACCCCGUCGACCAAAUCCGUCCAGGUCUACUCCUAG